AUGGGCCGGCGGUGGCCAUCGCCUGCCCGGAUCUUUGGUUUCGCGCGGGCGCACACGCACGGGCGCGACGGCCGCCUUCCGCGCGACGAUGCCGGCGGUGCGCCGCGUCGCCGCUCCUCGUGGUCCCGGAGGCCGACCGUGCCGCGCACCACGAGGCGCGCCGCGUGUGCCUCCGGCGGGGCGGCGGCGGCGGCGGCGGUGGCCGGGGUGGGCCCCUUCGCCGGCGGCGAUGGCCGCGCCCUGCGGGGCAUCCCACCCCCGGGCCCCCGGCGGAUCUGCCAGUUGCCAGGGGGCGGGCCCGGGCGCCAGGGGCGCCGGACAUGGUGCGGCAGGCCCGGAGCUCGCGCGAUCGGCCGGACCGGGCCGCGCCAGGCUCCGCCGCGCGCCGGCCUCGCGCGCCGCUCGUUAUUUGCCCGGUCCGCCGGCCAGCCCGGUCGGCUCCUGGCCGGCGGCGCGCGCCGCGCGCCCCCACGGUGUCCCGGCGGUCCCGAUUAG